GGGCAACAUGACUCGGCUGAGCUGGUGCUUCUCCUGUGUGAUCCGCUGGGGCAAGUACCUCUUCUCGUGCCUCCUGCCCCUGCGCCUCUGCCUUCGCAGCCAGCCAGAGGACCUGGAGGCCCCAAAGACCCACCACUUCAAGGUGAAGACCUUUAAGAAGGUGAAGCCUUGUGGCAUCUGCCGACAGGCCAUCACACGGGAGGGCUGCACUUGCAAAGUCUGCAGCUUCUCAUGUCAUCGGAAAUGCCAGGCCAAGGUGGCUGCCCCUUGCAUUCCUCCAUCCAGCCAUGAACUGGUGCCCAUCACCACGGAGAGUGCACCCAAGAAUGUAGUGGAUGUGGGGGAAGGAGUCUGCCGGGGUGGAAGCUCUCGGAAAAGCCUGGAGGAAGAGGACGUGAGUCGCUCUGCAAGAGUCCUGCCAAGUGUCCAGCCACAGCCACAGCCCAUCAGAAACAUGAGCGUGAACCGUGCCAUGGAGGACAGCUGUGAGCUGGACCUGGUAUAUGUCACUGAGCGGAUCAUCGCCGUGUCCUUUCCCAGCACAGCCAAUGAGGAGAACUUCCGCAGCAACCUCCGAGAGGUGGCCCAGAUGCUCAAAUCCAAACAUGGGGGCAGCUACCUGCUGUUCAACCUCUCGGAGAGGAGGCCUGACAUCACGAAGCUCCACACCAAGGUCCUGGAAUUUGGCUGGCCUGACCUUCACACACCAGCCCUGGAGAAGAUCUGCAGUGUAUGCAAAGCCAUGGACACUUGGCUCAACGCAGACCCCCACAAUGUGGUCGUUCUCCACAACAAGGGAAACCGAGGCAGGAUUGGGGUUGUCAUUGCUGCGUACAUGCACUACAGCAACAUUUCAGCCAGUGCUGACCAGGCUCUGGACCGGUUUGCAAUGAAGAGAUUCUAUGAGGACAAGAUUGUACCUAUUGGUCAGCCAUCCCAGAGGAGGUACGUGCACUACUUCAGCGGCCUGCUCUCCGGCUCCAUCAAAAUGAACAACAAGCCCUUGUUUCUGCACCACGUGAUCAUGCAUGGCAUCCCCAACUUUGAGUCUAAAGGAGGAUGCCGGCCAUUUCUCCGCAUCUACCAGGCCAUGCAACCUGUGUACACGUCAGGCAUUUACAAUAUCCCAGGAGACAGCCAGACCAGCAUCUGCAUCACCAUUGAGCCAGGGCUGCUCCUCAAGGGAGACAUCUUGCUGAAGUGCUACCACAAGAAGUUCCGGAGUCCAGCCCGAGAUGUCAUCUUCCGUGUACAGUUCCACACCUGUGCCAUCCAUGACCUAGGGGUUGUCUUUGGGAAAGAAGACCUGGAUGAUGCCUUCAAAGAUGAUCGAUUUCCAGAAUACGGCAAAGUGGAGUUUGUAUUUUCCUAUGGGCCAGAGAAAAUUCAAGGCAUGGAGCACCUGGAGAAUGGGCCCAGUGUGUCUGUGGACUAUAACACCUCUGACCCUCUCAUCCGGUGGGAUUCCUAUGACAACUUUAAUGGGCAUCGUGAGGACGGCAUGGAGGAGGUGGUGGGUCACACUCAAGGGCCACUGGAUGGGAGCCUGUAUGCCAAAGUGAAGAAGAAGGAUUCCCUGAACGGCAGCGCUGGGCCUAUCACCAUUGCACGGCCUGCCCUUUCGGCCACUCCCAACCACGUGGAGCAUACUCUAUCUGUGAGCAGUGAUUCGGGUAACUCCACAGCUUCCACCAAGACAGACAAGACUGAUGACCCUGUCUCCGGGGCCACCUCUGCCCCUGCUGCCCUGAGUCCCCAGGAAAAGCAGGAGCUGGAUCGCCUGUUAAGCGGCUUUGGUGUAGAUCGAGAGAAGCAAGGCGCCAUGUACCGUGCACAGCAACUCCGGUCCCACCCGGUGGGGAGCCCGGCUGUGUCCUCUCCUGGCCGCCACGUUGUCCCAGCCCAGGUUCAUGUCAACGGUGGGGUCCUGGCAUCGGAACGGGAGACAGACAUUCUAGAUGAUGAGCUGCCCAUCCAGGAUGGACAGAGUGGGGGCAGCAUGGGCACACUGUCCUCACUGGACGGGGUCACCAACACCAGCGAAGGAGGCUACCCAGAGGCCCUGUCCCCACUGACCAACGGUCUGGACAAGUCCUACCCAACUGAACCUCUGGUCAACGGUGGGGCCUACCCCUAUGAGUCUGCCAGCCGGGUGGUGCCUGUCCACACCAGCCACACAGUCCCCAUGCAGCCCUCCUACUCUGCACAGGAGGGUUUAGCUGGCUACCAGCGUGAGGGGCCCCACCCAGCCUGGUCCCAGCCAGUGACUAGCUCCCACUGUGGCUAUGACCCCAGUGGUCUGUUCCGCUCACAGUCCUUUCCAGAUGUGGAGCCUCAGCUGCCCCAAGCUCCAGCUCGUGGAGGCAGCAGCCGAGAGGCUGUACAGAGGGGGCUGAAUUCAUGGCAGCAGCAGCCUCGCUCACUUUCUCGCCAGCAAGAGAGAGCCCCGCUGGAGAGUCUUACCAGCAACAGGCCUAGCCCCCAGCUGUCAGCUGAGUCCCCCAUCCCUGCUCUUCCUGAAUUCCCAAGGGCAGCCUCUCAGCAGGAGAUUGAGCAAUCUAUUGAAGCCCUUAACAUGCUGAUGCUAGACCUGGAGCCAACCUCAGCUGCUGCCCCACUGCACAAAUCCCAGAGUGUCCCUGGGGCCUGGCCAGGGGCUUCCCCACUCUCCUCCCAGCCCCUCUUGGGCUCUUCACGGCAGUCCCACCCACUGACCCAGUCCAGAUCUGGCUAUAUCCCCAGUGGGCAUUCCCUGGGAACCCCAGAGCUGGUUGCUCCUGGCAGGUCUUAUUCACCUUAUGAUCAUCAGCCACAUUCGGCUGGAUCCAGCCAGGGUUUCCGUUCAAAGAGCCCAGCAUCUUCUACCUUCCUUCCAAGUGCCCAUGGCCCUGCAGGGCCUCAGCAGCCCCCAGCCUCUCUCCCUGGCCUCAUGGCUCAGCCUCAGCUCCCACCAAAGGAAACAACUUCAGACCCCUCCAAAACUCCAGAGGAAGAGCCGCUGAACCUGGAAGGGCUGGUGGCCCACCGGGUAGCAGGGGUUCAGGCUCGGGAGAGACAACCUGCAGAACGCCCAGCCCCUCUCCGGAGGCGGGCAGCCAGUGAUGGGCAGUAUGAGAACCAGUCUCCGGAGACCACAUCCCCCGGUAGUCCUGGGGUCCGCUCCCCUGUCCAGUGUGUAUCCCCUGAGUUGGCUCUUACCAUUGCCCUCAAUCCUGGAGGGCGGCCCAAAGAGCCACAUCUGCACAGCUACAAGGAGGCCUUUGAGGAGAUGGAGGGGACCGCCCCAAGCAGCCCACCGCCCAGUGGGGUACGCUCCCCUCCAGGUCUGGCCAAGACACCCCUGUCUGCCCUGGGCCUGAAACCCCACAACCCAGCGGACAUCUUACUGCACCCUACUGGUGUUACAAGAAGACUGAUCCAGCCAGGGAAACAUGUGCCACCUGCCUGGUGUGCAGUGCUCACAGCUGCAGACAGGGAGGGGUGGAAACCCCGGAGCUAUGUGGAGUCUGUGGCGAGGACAGCAGUAGCAGGGCCCCGAGCUCAGGACCCUGAGCCCAAGAGCUUCAGUGCCCCAACUGCCCAGGCCUACAGCCAGGAGACGCCCCUGAGGAACGGGACUUUGGGUGGCUCCUUCGUCUCCCCCAGCCCCCUCUCCACCAGCAGUCCCAUCCUCAGUGCUGACAGCACUUCUGUUGGCAGUUUUCCAUCAGGAGAGAGCAGCGACCAGGGCCCCCGGACACCCACCCAGCUGCUGGAUUCCAGCUUCCGCUCAGGCAGCCUGGGGCAGCCGAGCCCUGGGGCACAGAGGAGUUAUCCGAGCUCCUCACCCCUUCCUGCCGGGGGCAGCAGCUACAGCAGCCCUGACUACUCCCUCCAGCAGUUCAACUCCUCUCCGGAAAGCCAAGCCCAGCCACAGUUCAGCGUGGCCAGUGUCCACACGGUGCCUGGGAGCCCUCAGGCACGACACAGGACAGUGGGCACCAACACUCCUCCUAGCCCUGGCUUUGGCCGGCGCGCCAUCAACCCAGCCAUGGCGACCCCUGGUAGUCCCAGUUUGAGUCACCGGCAGGUGAUGGGUCCAUCAGGCCCUGGUUUCCAUGGUAACAUGGUUUCUGGUCACCCAAGCAGUGCAGUGACCACUCCUGGAAGCCCCAGCCUGGGUCGGCACCCAGCAGGAGCCCACCAGGUUCCAGGCCUCCACAGCAAUGUGGCUACCACUCCAGGGAGCCCCAGCCUAGGCCGGCACCCUGGGCCCCAUCAAGGCAACCUGGUCUCCAGUCUCCAUGGCAAUGCAAUAGUUAGCCCUGGGAGCCCCAGCCUAGGCCGGCACCCUGGUGGGUCCGGAGCUGUGGUUCCCAGAAGCCCCAGCUUGGACCGACAUGCAGCCUACGGCGGCUAUUCCACCCCUGAGGACCGGCGACCCACACUGUCCCGGCAGAGCAGCGCCUCGGGCUACCAGGCUCCUUCCACACCUUCCUUCCCCGUGUCCCCUGCCUACUACCCUGGCCUGAGCAGCCCUGCCACCUCGCCCUCACCAGACUCGGCAGCCUUCCGGCAAGGGAGCCCCACACCUGCUUUGCCGGAGAAGCGGAGGAUGUCAGUAGGAGACAGAGCAGGCAGCCUCCCUAACUACGCCACCAUCAAUGGAAAGAUCUCCUCCUCACCUGUUGCCAGUGGCAUGUCCAGUCCCAGCGGGGGCAGCACAGUCUCCUUCUCUCACACGCUACCAGACUUCUCCAAGUAUUCCAUGCCAGACAACAGCCCUGAGACACGGGCCAAAGUGAAAUUUGUCCAGGAUACUUCCAAGUAUUGGUACAAGCCUGAGAUCUCCAGAGAGCAAGCCAUUGCGCUACUGAAGGAUCAGGAGCCGGGGGCCUUUAUCAUCCGUGACAGCCAUUCCUUCCGAGGGGCCUAUGGGCUGGCCAUGAAGGUGUCUUCACCUCCUCCAACUAUUGCUCAGCAGGGCAAAAAAGGAGACAUGACCCAUGAGCUGGUGCGGCACUUUCUGAUAGAGACAGGCCCCAGAGGAGUCAAGCUCAAGGGCUGUCCUAAUGAGCCAAACUUUGGCUCCCUGUCUGCCCUGGUCUACCAGCACUCGGUCCUCCCACUGGCCCUGCCCUGUAAGCUGGUCAUUCCAAGCCGAGACCCCACAGAUGAAUCGAAAGAUAGCUCAGGCCCUGCCAACUCAACCACUGACCUGCUGAAGCAAGGAGCAGCCUGCAAUGUACUCUUCCUCAACUCUGUGGACAUGGAGUCACUCACUGGGCCCCAGGCCAUCUCUAAAGCCACAUCAGAGACAUUGGCUGCUGACCCGACACCAGCUGCCACAAUUGUUCAUUUCAAGGUCUCUGCCCAGGGAAUCACACUGACUGACAAUCAAAGAAAGCUCUUCUUUAGACGACACUACCCCCUCAACACCGUCACCUUCUGUGACCUGGAUCCACAGGAAAGAAAGUGGAUGAAGACAGAGGGAGGCGCCCCUGCUAAGCUCUUUGGCUUUGUGGCCCGGAAGCAGGGCAGCACCACAGACAACGCCUGCCACCUCUUUGCUGAGCUUGACCCCAACCAGCCUGCGUCUGCCAUCGUCAGCUUCGUUUCCAAGGUCAUGAUGAAUGCUGGCCAGAAGAGAUGAACCCUGGAGCCCUUGCCCAGGGCCAGGGCAGUGGGGACGGGGCAUGUGGGGAGGGGAUCCAUGAAUCCUGACCACCUUGAAUCCAGGAAGAGGACUUUGGGCCAAUUGUGGAGAAGGAGAGAAGAAAGUGCAAUGUGGGGAGAGGGAAGUGAAUUGCAGAGGGGAGGGAAGAAGGAGGAAGUUUCAAAGGAAGGCUGGAGGAGAGGAGUCCAGAGUCCCUGUGUAGAUGGAAGCCAUACCUCCCAAAGCCUUUCCAGCUAGCCUGGGGGCCCUGACUUCCCUCCCCCUCUGAGAGGAUGAAGCUCCUGACACAAACAGGCCUCUUUGGGGGGACCAAAUUUGGGGGGGUAAUGAAAAAGCUCAGUUUCCCUAACCUACCUGCUUUGCAAGAAGGAAUCAAGCUGAGAGUUAUUUUUGGCCUUCUGGAGGUAAGGUUGCUAAACCAACCAGAUAGUGUGUGACAUCAGUUGGUGGCACUUUUUUCAAGUUUUGCUGACCAGAGGCACUCAAAGUCUGUGCUUGCCCUGUGUAUUGCUGCAGGGUGCACGUGUGUUCCCAUGCACUGACUGACCUGCCUCUGUCCCCUAGAAUUACAAACAGGUCUGCUUGUCUGUGUCCCUCAUGUUUGCAUAUAUGUAUGUAUGUGCACACUGUUCGAAGAAGGCCAGGGCUGGGGGUGACAGUCUCUCUCCUGCAGGAGCACACAGCGUUAUGGGGAGCAGUUUUCUCUGUCCCUGCACCCGCCCUCUAGUGGCCCUGAAGGCUUCUAGCAUAGGAGGGGUGUGGCCACCCUACAGCAUUAUUGCUGUUCUGUCCCUUGGAGGCUGGAGCUGGUUGGAGGAAGAGGAGAUAAAACUGUCCAUAGGCCCGAGGAAGAGAUUUGUUAGGAAGAGUGGUAUCUUUUCUGUGGCAUGGAGCUCACAGUGAGCUGGGCAUGUGCCCUGCCAAUGCCUGGGACUUUGCCUUACGCCCUCCUCUCAGCCCUGUUCCUGGGCUCAGCACCAGCCUUAUACUUGCUCAUGUGCAUGAAGCCUACCCGGGACUUGGGCUGUGCCUUCCUGACUGGCUCUGUCCUGUGGGGUGCUCAUGUUGUUUCUUCCCAGAAGCCUACUUCCCAAAGCCCUGCUUGGCCUGGCCCUGGGGAAAGGGGAAUGCCUGGAGUUUUCUUCUCCCCUCUGGAUAGUGGGGUCUGACUGCUGCAGGCACUCUAUGUCUGGGCUGCCCAGGGUGUCAGCAUAAUGCCUCUGGGGCUGCUGCUGGUAUACCACAUAGCCCUCCCACAAUGCUGAAGCCUUUGUUUCCCCUUCUGCCUCAGUUUCCCUAGCAGAGCCAUGCUGCCUGUGGAAACAGAGGCAGAAGGUAUGCAUUUAGGCCAAAGGUCUUAGGGUCCACUUGUGGGGUUGGGAAGUCCCCUUGUUUCCACUCAGGCCUCCAUUUAAGCCCAUGGGGGCCCCUAGAGAGGGGCAUUGUACUGAUAUAUAAAUAUAUAUAUAAUAUAUAAUAUAUACACAAGGCAUACUGAUAGAACCUGUAAGGUAAUAAAAUAUAAGAAAAGGUUAAAAAAAAGAAUAGGUAAAUUGACAAGAAAUAUUUAUUGUUUUCCCAUAUGGCUUUAUGGCCCCUUUCCCAUAAACCAUUCCCAUCUCUUUUCUAACACGUCAGUAGAACCUGAACUGCAGGGGGUCUUUAUACUUGGAAUAGCCCAGGGAUGGCCUUAGCCUUGGCCCUGGUCUUAGCAUACCUAGGCUACACCUGGGGCUUGGGGGAUGGCAUGCAGGUGCUCUAGCCCUUUAGCCCUUUGUUUUCCAGCAAAUGAUGGCCCAGCUGCUGGCAUCCCAGAUGUAUGAGCAGCUGCGCCAUCAGCACAGGCCUGAGUGAGUGUGUGAGCAUUUGGGGAUGUGGGUGUGUGUGCCCAUGGUGUGUGUACCUCUUGGGUUUUUUCUCCUCCAGGGAGCUGUGUCUGUGUGGACAUUGUUUCAGGGAACUACAGAGUGUCUAAGUUAGUGUGGCAUUUGGGCGGAGGCUCUUGUGACCCCUGCCGCUUCCAAAAAGAUAAACUGUGGGUUUAAUGAGCAAGGUCCUUCCAAAGUGCCCUUCCUUCAGAGGUAUUCAAGCCAGAUGCCUGGAUUUCCCCCUCCUCAUUCCCCACUGAACCCCAGUUCUUCCCCACGAUGGAAGGAGAUAGCUCUCAUCUCUUUCUUGUAAAUACCCUCAUCCUGCUGCACAGCGUGGGGAGUCUUCUUGGCCAGAAUAUUCACUUAAGCAUCAGAGCCUCCAGCACCCUGCCUAGCCAGACCUGUGUCUGGGAUCAGCCUUCACAUCCUGUUCCAGCUCCCCAUGCUGCUUUCAGGCCCAAGCCACAUGUGAAUCACAUGAGGACCAGGAUAGAUGUUGGAAAGUGAGUGCCUCCCUCUCAGCAUGCCUCUAGCUAGAGUGGGCACCUGAGUUUGACUUUUCCAGGAGAAAGAUGGGGAAAGGGCCCCAGUCCUCAUGGUGGGACCACACUAUAUUCUGUCCCCCUCCCACUCUGGUUCUCACAAGUGGGCCUGUGCACAUUCAUGCACGCACAAACACACACCACAUGCACACAUGACUCCAUACGCAACCUAUUUUUGCCAAAGAUUUCCUUUAAAUGAAAGCACUUUCACUCUUCGUUAUUUUGUAAAUGAUCUGUUUUGCUGUUGUUUAUUUUUGAGUAUGUAAGUCAGCAGGGAGAGUGCUGUCUGGUCUUGAACAUGAAUAGAGGAGAGAUUGGGGGAGGGCAGAGAGAUACAUCGCAGCCCUCGAUGCCACAGCAGGACCCCAGGGAGACCUCAGCCACAGCCAGGGAAAGGUCAUUUGAGUUAUCUCAUCUGCCCUCUCCCAAGACAGCUGUGGGUAUGACUGACAGGCUUCUAAGCCCCUGGCUUUGGAGAGUCCCUGAGGGUAUUGGGAACAGCCAGGGUAGGGCAAGGGAGUGGGAAACUGGUUGUGUAUCCCUCUAGAAAGGGCCUAGAUAGAGGCCUUGUGUGGGCCCAAGUGGAGACUUUAGGCUGUUUGUGCUGCCUGGGGAUGCAGAGGGAUCAGUGAGUGUGAAUGUUCACCCUACUCUGGGUUUUCUUCCCCAUCCUGCCUCCCGGAACGCCUACCCCCACUUUUUCCCAGCUUCAGGUAUUGGGGAGAUCAAGUAUGUAAUGCCCUUAUCCAAGGGAAGUGGCCUUUUCCUACCUCCACACCUGGGGUCCUUGAAGAGAGGGGACUGGGACCCAGAGCUAGGGACACCCCUUAAACUUAGGCUUAGACUGAAGAUCCCAAGACUUGUGUUUCCAUGGUCAGUGGUGACAAGAUAUAUGUGGUGUGUGUGUGUGUGUGUGUGUGUGUGUGUGUGUGUGUGUAAGUGAGGGCGUGCCAGUGUGUGUAUAUGUGUAGUUUGCUCAUCUCUUUAGGGAACUUCAAGGUGGGGGGUGGAGGUGGUGAAUGGUGGGAUGUCACAUUCAACAUGACCCAGCAGUGAAAGGAACCAGGAGGCGAGCUGGAGAGACACGGAUUACUAGUUUUAGUAUCAGUGUUGGAGAGGAUCAGCCACAUGGGGUGGGGCUCGGCAGGCCUCUUCCGUCUUGUCCUCUGUCUCCUCAAAUAGCUGAAGAGUUGGAGGGUCUCAGUCAGUUCCCACUCCCAGGCCCUUCCUAGUGGCAAGGCCACUGAAGUGUGACAUGCCCACUGUGCCUUCUGGUCAGUGUUCACAGUCAAAUCCUUUUGAUGGACCCAUGUUCGGUUUGUAUGUGUGCCUGAGCACACUGGGGUAUGCAUGCCAUAUCUCCCCAUUUUCUCUCCUCCCUUCUGACUUAUCAUUCAAACCAAAUGGUAAGGAGUUUCUUACACCUACCCAACCCCUCCUCCCAGACCCUCUGUGGAAAACCUGUACCCAACAUCCAUCCACUGUCCCUGGCCCCCAGCUGUGUAUUUAUAGAUGGAAAUAUACUUUAUAUUUUGUAUCAUUGUGCCUAUAACCUCUGCCACCUUGUAUAAACCCUGAUGUAUGCUACAUGUUCCGGAUAUGAAUGUAUGUACACUGAUGCUGUUCCCUCUCUGUACAGCUGCUUGGUCUCUCACGAUCAUUGUAUGGCUUUAUAAAUGAUAAAGUUAAACACAAACCCA